UGCAGUGGAAACAAUUUAGCGUUCUUCGGUUAGCUCCGACCCAAACCGCUACUCAAAUCUGGAGGAGUCCAGACAGGGAGAGCAGAAACGGGGGGCGGCUGGGGGGAAGCGACGUAAGAGGUGUGAAGAGGGGUGAUUGCAGGGCGGCGGGGGGGUCCCAUGCUUGCCUCGUAUUUCCUCUUCGGCUUCGGGAUCCCCUUCUCUUUCCCCCCCGCUCCUAACCUGCGGCCACAUUGUUGGCUCCAGGCUAGGGGAGGAAGCAAUGCCUCGUUCCUUCGGAUGAAAAGUUUGCAUAAUGACCAUGGGAAAGGCGGCUGUGAAAAUCUAGAGCUCUCGCAAGCCAGGAAUCUCCAUCUAAAUGGGUCCAGUUAUGCCUCCCAGUAAGAAGCCAGAAGGCUCAGGAAUUAGUGUUUCCAGUGGACUGAGCCACCAGUGUUACCGGGAUAGUGACUUAUCAAAGACGCUUCACGAUGAUGAGGAUUUAGAUUUUACUUUACCUGCCCUCCGAUUGGAAAAAGGUCCCAUGGAGGAUGAAGAGCUCACCAACUUGAACUGGCUACAUGAGAGCAAAAAUUUGCUGAAAAGUUUUGGGGACUCGGUCUUAAGAAGUGUUAGCCCAGUGCAAGAUCUUGAUGAUGACACCCCCCCUUCUCCUGCUCAUGCCGACAUGCCCUACGAUGCCAAGCAGAACCCCAACUGUAAACCACCAUACUCCUUUAGCUGCCUCAUAUUUAUGGCCAUUGAGGACUCUCCAAGCAAACGCCUGCCCGUUAAGGAUAUAUACAACUGGAUUUUGGAACACUUCCCUUAUUUUGCAAAUGCCCCUACUGGAUGGAAAAAUUCUGUGAGACAUAAUUUGUCAUUGAAUAAGUGUUUUAAGAAGGUGGAUAAAGACAGAAGUCAGAGUAUUGGGAAGGGGUCUUUAUGGUGUAUAGACCCAGAAUAUAGACAAAACCUUAUCCAGGCUUUGAAAAAGACGCCCUAUCACCCAUAUUCUCAUGUGUUCAGCACACCUCCAGCAUCACCUCAGGCAUAUCAAAGCACAUCAGGUCCACCGAUUUGGCCAGGAAGCACCUUUUUCAAGAGAAAUGGAGCUCUUCUACAAGAUCCUGACAUUGAUGCUGCCACUGCCAUGAUGCUUUUGAAUACUCCCCCUGAGAUACAAGCAGGUUUUCCUCCUGGAGUGAUACAAAAUGGAACGCGCAUCCUGAGUAGAGGAAUCUUCCCAGGAGUUAGACCACUGCCAAUAAACCCUAUUGGAAGCAUGGCUGCUGCAGUAAGGAAUGGAUUAGCAAACUGCCGGAUGCGGACAGACAGUGAGCCGUCCUGUGGCUCUCCAGUGGUUAGUGGUGACCCAAAGGAGGACCACAACUACAGCAGUGCCAAAUCUUCCAACCACAGGAGCACCUCGCCCACCAGUGACUCUAUUUCCUCUUCCUCUGCUGACGACCAUUACGAAUUCGUUACGAAAGGCAGCCGGGACAGUAGCGAGAGCAGUGAGGUCAGCUUCCAUAGCCAUGAGAGCCAUAGUGAGGCAGAGGAAGAGGACAAAAGGCAGAGCCGAAAAGAGACCAAGGAUUCUUUGGCUGACAGUGGGUACGCCUCUCAGCACAAGAAACGUCAGCAUUUAUUGAAGGCAAAAAAAGUACCAAGUGACACGCUGCCUCUUAAAAAGAGACGUACAGAGAAACCGCCAGAAAGUGACGACGAGGAGAUGAAAGAAGCAGCUGGAUCACUCCUACACUUGGCGGGAAUUCGGUCUUGUUUGAACAACAUCACCAAUCGGACGGCAAAGGGGCAGAAAGAGCAAAAGGACACCACAAGAAAUGAGAACAAAUCCAUUGAUUGAACUUAUAAAACAAUUUCGUUUCAGUACGUCAGGUGAAUUCUAAUGAUUUGUGGCAAUAUCAACAAAUAUUUUCUUCGUUCAGUUUUCUCUCUUUUUUUCCCCCCUCUCUCUCUUUCUCUUUGUGUUUGUUUCUUUUUGGAACCCUUAAGAUUUUUUUUAAUUAUUUUUAAAGGAGAUUGAAGCCAUAGAACUCAUACUGAUACUCAACUAAUUUUACAAAAGCUUUUCAUUACAUGAAGACAAAAAAGAAAGAAAGUAAAAGCCAAAAUUGUCGUUGCUUUCUCCAGCUGUGUCAGAAAUGCAUGAUUGAAUAUGUGGUGACAUCGCCAGUUAAUGUGAGAGAAGUAAAAUUUGGCACUUGGAAAACUCUUAUACUUAGAAGAAAUUGGCUAAUUUGGUAAUUGUUCAGGCCAGGCAAUUAGAAUUACAAAAACAAACGGCCUUAUGAUUGGGUUCUGUGUGAAUGUGUCUAGAGGUUUCGGGAAAGUCAGAGGCCCAUAUAUGUUGUCCUCAGAACCAAGGAUCACACAGUGGCGUUCUCUUGCAGUUGUGCCAUAGCAAUCUUGGAAUAGCCACUGUAGACAGCUGCUCAUACAGUAAUGAACUAUUAGUGCUUCAUGUACUGUGUAUGGCUCAUAAUGUGAAGACUUUUAAUAAGUUUUAGAUUAUGGAAAACUGAACUGUGUAUGCAAUGAGUUCCAGUGAAAUAAGGAGAAAGGGAUGGAGGGGAUAGGGUGGGGAUUAGUGAUAUUCUUUAAUCAAUUAAUUGUCUUCUAUAUUUAAAUUAAAAGAAUGUUUUUUAAAAAGCCAUAAGCCUGAAGAUUGGCACUGCCUGCAAAAAUAUUAUGGGAAAACAAGCUAUGAGUUCUUAACUGCCUGAGUGAAAAGCAAUCAAGUCUAAAGAAAAUUAUGAGUAGAUAUUUAAGAAGGAUCAAAAUAAGAAAACUUUUUCUACAGGUCACAAAGAUUUGAUCUCAUUAAGGAAAAAAUGCUACAAAACCUGCCAUUAGUAUUGUAUUGCCUAUUUUUGUUUGUUUGUUUCAAAAAACAAAUCCAUGUUGGGCAAAAAUAUAAAAUAAUAUUACAUAGAGAUGCUUAUAGCACUCCUCAAAAUGGUGUACCCAGUUAAUGUCAGUCAGGAUUCAUCUGUGCAAAAAUGACAAUAUAUUUCCAGUUGUAACCACUGUAGCCAGCAGAAAAUUCUGAUCCGCAUUGCAUGGAUUCCUUUCUGGGUGGGACUUGGGAGUACAAAAUAAAACCCCCUUUUUUAAUUCAAAGAUAACAAAAGUUCUUGUAAGGUAAAUAAUGUAUUUAGCAUGAAGCAUGAAUUAUUUUCAUAUAAAUAUAGAAAAAUAGAGAAAAGGCUAUGCCUCUAAUUUUUAAGCCCUUAGGCUUAGUUUGUUUUUUGGGUUUUUGUUUUGGAUUUUUGUUUCUUUUUUCUUUUUUCUUUUUUUUUGGAAGCAGGUGUUUUUAAGGUUUAACCUUUUUCAGGGACAAAUACUGACUGUUGGGGAACUUACUCUGCAAUAUAAAAAAUAAAAUAAAACUUCAUGCUCGGGUAGGGCUUGGAUGGUUGAAUUAUAUUGCCUUGUCUGCACAUUCAGCCCCCUUCCCCUACUUCUCUGUUUUUGAACACGUUUGUCCUUUCUUUGUCUUUACAUGUAUUAACAUUACGCAAUAAUUUGAGGGCAAAGCAAGUAGUGAGUGUGUAUGAUUUACGACUCCAGGAGGAGACACUGAAUUAGGAGUGAUGGAAGGGAGACAGGGAGAGAACCUACGAUUUGGUUUGUGGGAGAAGAUGGCACAAACCUGCUCAUCUGCCAUGACAGAGCAUGUCAAUGAAAGGGCUUUAAUUUAUGUUUGUUAGUGAUGAAUGGUUAAGAAGUAUCUUGUAUAUGGUCAUAUCUCCUUUACAGUGAUGAUCCCAUAAUAGAUUAAGAAUUUGCAAUAAUGCCAACUUUAAAACAAAACCCUCUUAUAAUCCUCAGUGGUCAUAAGCAUGAGGUAAUUUUGGGACAUGUAAGCUGGAAUCCAAUGGUCUGCAUUUCUGUCAAUGGAAGUAGUUGUGGUGUUGUCUGGUGGGUUUGUUUCAGGGUGACUUGGACUGUGACAAAAACAGCAAAAAGCAUUUUAGGGAAUAUAAUUUAGCAAAUAGGGAAAUUUCAUUCCAGGAAGUGUCUACUUCAUGAAUGGAAAACGUAUGCUAACAGACUUGUAAAAUACAACGUGCCGAAUCAGGCUAGAAAUUACAUAGGUGCCUCAGCAAAGUUCAACUUAUGUUGAUUUUUUUGUCAAGUACAGUUCUGUUUACAUAUAUCUAUCCUGAAAAAGUAAUACUGGUUUCAGGAGCAAAAAGAACACUUAUAAGAGCUAAACAGUAAAUGUAAGAGCUUUCUCUCUGAAUGAGAGUGCCAUACACAUCCUGCUCUUAAUUGCCAUGGAGUUUUACCAGGCCUGAACAAACAUGGCAAAACAUUUAAAAAUUGGCUACCUAUUUAACAGAGUGAAAUAAAUGUUCUGCAAUCAGUCUUUUCAGUCAAGAACAGGAAGGAUUUUGAAGUCUGAUUAUUGUUGCUUAUACCAAUAUUGUCACUUUCAGUAUAUGCUGUUGUGCAUAUAGUAAACACAGCAUACAGUUUGAUGCAGCAGUUUGAAGUCUAGAUUGUGACAGAGAAUCUUUGCUGAAUUGCUAAUUGAAAUGUGGUCCAGAAUCGGCUAGAAUACUGGCUUGUACAUUUGAUUCAAAGAAUGUUUGUGUAAGCUCUGACUUCUUGCUGCAAUGGCAAGAUAUUGCGAUGGCAGGUGUGGGUUCAUGACAUGAUGCUGCAUCUAGGCGACCUCUCCUUUGGUAAAUACACCUGUGCAGCAGCCUUCCUGCCAUUGACAUCCAUCAAUGCCCUGAAAGCUGGAUCACAAAUUCUGGGCCAUUGUGCACGUUGUGGGGACAAAACCCUUGAGAAUGUCUUCUACACAAUCCCCCCAAAAAAUGAUUUGGAGGUGUACAGUUUCAUAACUGUCAUUCCUUUUAGUGAAGUUUCUACAAGGGAAAAGUUUCUAGAUAAUUUAUUUCAGCUUGUUUAGGAAAAGUUUCUACUUUUCAUCCCUUGAGUGCUUUUUAAAUCAUUCAUUUGUCACUCUAGUCUGUCUUGCUUUCCUUUGACAGAAGGCUUCUCUAACAUACAUUUUGCCUAUAACGGGCAUAUAACCAAAAUAACAUCAUUACUAUCACAAAUGUUUUGUGGACAAAAUUGCUUUUUUUAGCAAGCAUUUUGACUGAUGAUUCUUAACUUUUGUGAGGUGCAAAUAAAGCCUCACUUAAAUAUCUAAAGUACUCAAAAUUUAUUAGGAACAGCUCAGGAACAUAGAUGGGUUUGUGUGUCACACAGCCACCUCAAACAAACUGUCAUCUUAAAAAAUGACAACCCAAAACAAAACUCCAGCAUUACAUUCUAUGGUGCCAACUUCUGACCUUGAUGCCAAGUUGAAAUUAAAGCAUUUGGAUCAACCUGCAGACUUUAGCUGCACUGAUGCUAUUGCUCCUGUUCAAUAUCCUCAAUGUUUGUUUUGGUUCAGAUCCCUGUGCCACAGCCAUUUUGAAAACAGUGAUGGGAGAAGGAUUUGUUCUUUUGUGUUCAUUUUCAAUGGCAUCAUCCUUAUUAAAGAGCCUAAAUAUAUAGUCACAGAACUCAUGAUAAUUUAUAUAUCUCACCGACAAAUUAUUUUGUGUCACCAUUUUACUGUGGGAAGUAUUUGCAAGGUAGUAAUGUUAGGACAGUUGAAAAAUGUAUUAUUAUAUUAUUCUUAGUUGCUUAGAUGCUGAAAAUUCUGGGUAUGAUCCAGCUUCUGCGCAAGCCCUAUGAGUAUUCUGAACAAAGUGGCUGGGGGAAGGAGCACAAAGAGGUACAGGAGAGUGGCAUGUAGCAGGCCUUUGGAACUCAGCAGGGUUCAGGUCACCUUUGGACAAAAGAGCCACUUCUCACCUCCCUGUGUGUUGCUAGUCCACAGUCCAGGCAGAGUCCAGGAGAUGCUCAUGGCAGCGAGAGCAAAGUCUGGCUCCAAGACACAGCAUCAAAAGAUCUCCCCAGGCUCUUUUAUUUUAACAAAUUCUGACUUCGCAUCCUCAGUUAAUCUGGUUUUAUAACUGACAAUAACAGACCUUUUUGUCGGUGACCAAAUGCUGGCUACUUUGUGCAAGUAUGCCACUGAUCCAUGUGUUCCAGUGUGCUUUGAAUUAGACAAUAUACUUUACAGCUCUCCAAGGUGUGAUGAAGCUGCUGCUACAAUAGUGAAGCAAGGACUUUCUCAUCCAUUUCUUAAUCAAAGGCUUGUAUUUUGCACUGUCCCCAGUUCAGAAGUGAAUGAGCACAGUUCUGCUUGCACAGAGGUCCAUGUGCACAGUUAAACCUCAAGAUUAGGGCUACUGUGGGCCCAACAACAAGCCACUCGUGUUUGUGGGAGGGCUUCAAGAGAUACAGAUCUAAAGUGAGAAUGCCAACAUGAUGCAGCAAACAUUUAAAGAUUGGAUUAGAUGUUGAGACCUGACAGGCACUUCUAUUUGCUCACACUUUGCCCUUUUGCAUUGCAUGUAGCCCUAGAUAGAGGAGUCAUCUCCAAGGUGACACCCCUAUUUGAAAAAUGCCAUGAGCAAAGUGGUGGUGAGCAGUGUCAGCUGCCAUAGAAAAGAACUGGAUUUCAGUCUCACAGACUUAACAGAAGUUAGCUUUCCCACUUGUUCAGACUGCCUUGGAACUGUGGAAUGGAAAGGAGAUUUCAGAAUCAAAUAACUUUAGGACACAAUUCUGUUUAGAUAGAAAAGGUCCUACUAAGAAAUAAGACUUUUUUCCAUCUAAACAAGCAUAGGGUUGUGCCCCUGCUGUACUAAGUUGAAACUUGUGUGAUAAAAUUAACUACUUCUGCUUUGCACACACAGAUGAUUAGGUGCUGUUUUAUCUGCAAAUAGGCACUGUGGUAUUGAGGUUAACACAUAUGGAUCUCAUAUAUAGAAGCAGCUGACAUUAGGAUGAACAUUAGCAAGAACAGGCUCCAGCAAGAACAGCUGGAUUUCUAUUUCCAACUUUGCAAAGUUUCUUAAAGUAUUCUUCUAGCCCAGACCAAAUCAUUCAUCCUCUUGGUUCAAUAGUAGUUACAUCUGCGAAUGUUCUUCACAACUCUCCCUGAAAAACACUGUUAUGCACAUAAAUGCAGCACUGUGAUCUAAUUUAAAUAACUUUAUUUAUACUAAAAUGUAAUAUACAGUAAUACUUGUUAUGGUGAUAACCUUUAGCCCAUCUCCUUGCUUUCUACUGUAGGGAAUAAGCUGUAGUUCACAACACCCAUUUUAUUUUUCAUAUAAAUCUAUCAAUAAUUUGAUGUAGUUUAAUGUAGAUUUUUAAAUGAUUACAUAAUAUUCUGUGCCUCCCUCUGCAUAAACUUUUCUUAUAACUUUGUUCUUGCUUCUGUUAGUCCCUCACUCCACCCAAUUUCCCUUUCAUUCUCAAUUUUUUGGCACUCUUUCUUGAGUCAGAAUACAGAAUUGUCAGCAGAGUGGCUUAACAGUCCAUGAGAUCUUUCCACAACUCAGCAAACGAGUACUUUCUUCACUGACCAAAGUUAUUACUGUUGGUGCUGUAUUUUGCUCCACAUUUAAAAUUACAAGAUAAAAGUUUAUAAAAGUUUGAUAAAAGUGUUUUCAUAGAUCCUAUCAAGCUCACUUUAUUUUGAUCAGGUCUUGUUAAAGCACUCAAAACUAGAUGUAAAAUAUACAUUCUUUUUACUGUGUUGUAUUUUCAAAUGAAUGCAGAAAACUGCUUCUGUUCUUGCAAUUCUAAUAGAAUCAGUACAGUGCUGAGAACCACUCUUUAGUGUUCAGUUCCAACAGAACAUACUCAGAAGAAACAGAGCUUCUUGUAAGUAGGCUUUUUCUAAAAGCUAGAAUCUCAUAAAUCAGCUUCUGGCAGGGAAUGAAGAACAGAAUCCAGCCAACUCCAUCCCAAAUAGCCAAUCGGUAGGAUGUCAGUAUCUUGACAAAGCCAGCACAGAAAUAUAACCCUGAUUAUUGAACUGUGAAGAACUGUGACUUUCCUACAUACUUUUCUCCCCAGUUCCAUAUCUCCAUGAGGAAAUCUGAAUGUGGCAUUUGUAUUGCUCUGAUAUUUACUUAGAUGCAAAGUAGCUGAUAUGUCUUCUGCAUUGGAUAUUAACAACAAUGGCUUGAAACCCAAAUACUUUUUCCCUCUAAUUCCUGCCUACUAUGUUAAUACAGUUUUAUUUCUUUUUUAAGUUCAUCUGUGAGCUAUCUUUCAAGAAAGCUUGUGAGGAAAACAAGAGUUUGAUCCUUCCUGGUUUCAGUUCUGUAUGAUACACACUCACUACUUCAGUUUGCCUUGGUGUCAAAUGUUGGAAGGGAUGGGGUUAGGGAAUUGAUUUCUGUGUGUGUGAAAAGCAUUAUGAACUUGUACAUUUUUAUACUCUUCUGUAAUAUUUUUGAAAUAUUUUUGUUCUGCAGAAAAAAGUGAUGAAGCAAUCAAAAGACCAAUAAGUACAAUAUCAAUGCUUUAGGGUUCAUGAGACCUUCACUGGCCAAUAGAUUAAUUUAGUACAGCAAUAAGCCAAUUUUUUUUCUUUCCUUUUUGUUUUUGGUUUUUAUUCCUUGUUUUUUUAAAAUGCUGUACUAGGUGUAUGGAACUGCCAGUUUCAUGAACAUAAAAUGAGAACUGUGAUGGGGGCAUAAACAGUGAUGUUAAGUUGUAUUUGUGUUUACCUAAAUGAGCAGUUGAAAGGCAAGUGCAAUCGGCCAGAAAUAUGGGGGGAAAUGUUGAUCUAGAGGCAUACUUGCAUUUACGUUUCUUGAUGUGUAAUCAUAUUGCCAAAGACAAACUCUUUCAUCAGUUAUUAUUGUAAAUAACACUUUCCCAAAACCUACCAUAAAGUUUCUGUGAUGUAUUGUCUUCCAGUUGCAAUAAAAAUUACUGAGUUGCAUCAAUUGAA